CUUGAUGGGGGCUAAUUGCUAAUCUUGCUGUGCAAAUAAGGAGAAUGACAUUACAGAAAUAAAAUUGACUUAAGACAAAGCAAAGCCCAAGUCCAAUAAAUAAGAUAAUGACUAAAAAAAAGAGGAAGUUAAGGUUUAAGUAAAAGAACAUGAAAGAUUUACGAUUGAUUAAGAAUAAUAAAAAUAAAAGAAAGAUACGAAAAAAGAACAAAAAAAAGAAUCAGCUAAGGAAGUUACACCCAAGAAUGCUGAUGAAAAUUCAAAAAAAUCAUAAGAAUAAGAUAAAUAAUUAAAUAUUUCAGCAAACCAUUCAGUUAGUAUGAAUGUAGCAAGCAACCAAGAGGGAAAUGAUCUAAUCAAAAGUACUAUGAAUUGCACUGAGAGAAAGAAGUUACCUCCGAUACAACUAGAGUCAGGAGCAGUCUAUGAAGGGGAGUGGAAAAAUGGCAUGAGAGAUGGAUAUGGAAAAUAAAGAUGGCCAGAUGGUUCAGUUUAUGAGGGAGAAUGGGUUGAGGACAAGUCUUCAGGAAGAGUAUCUAUUAAACUACUACAUUUAGGGUAAAUUGACACAUGCAGAUGGAGAUGUUUAUGAUGGAGAGUGGAAAAAUGAUAAGGCUAAUGGAAAAGGAACAUAUAUUCAUGUGAAUGGUGCUAAAUAUGAAGGAGAGGUAAAUUUAAGUUCUAUCUCUAGUGGGAAAAUGACAAACAACAUGGUCGAGGAGUAGAAAAUUGGCCAGAUGGAGCUAAAUAUGAAGGUCAAUAUUUCGAAGGGAAGAAACAUGGAAAUGGUAUCUUGAAUUUUGCUGAUGGUUCACGAUAUGAUGGUAUCAAUUUGUACUAUUCUUUAAGGCGAGUUUCUAUAAAAUGACAUCCAUGGAGAGGGAACCUACAUAUGGCCAGAUAAAAGAGUCUAUAAAGGGUAGUGGAAGAAGAACAAAAUGCAUGGAAAAGGACAGAUCAUCUGGUAGGAUGGUCGUAAAUAUACUGGUGUAAUGAAUUUCAUCUAUUUUAGGAAUAUGAAGAAGAUAAGAAACAUGGUAAGGGUGUCUUUGAAUGGGCUGAUGGCAGAAAAUACAUAGGAACUUGGAUAUAGGGUAAGAGGAUUAUGCAAUUGUUUUAGGAAGAUAACAUGGAAUUGGAAUCUAUUACUUAUAAAAUAAGGAAGUCAAAGUUGGAGAAUGGAACGAAGGAAAAAGAAUCAAAUGGUUUGAAAAGAAUGAAAUUGAUUAGUUAAUUCAAGAAUAAAAAAUCAAGAGAGAGGACUUGCAUUAAUAGGAUUGA